AUGGUAGUUAAACCACAAGAUCGUGAUGAUAAUCCAUUCAAGCUUUCACCAAGAUUCAAAAACAAGACAAUCGUAACAAAGAGAGAACCAAGACAUUGUUUUGAUUUCGUCGAGGUCUAUGCUUAUUGUCUAAAUGUUAAUGAUUUCGAAAUUAGCAAAUGUGCAAAUCAACUUAAGGAAUUAGAGAAAUGUAAUAAAGAUAUGACACAACCAAGACGUGAAUCAUCUUUCAACUAUCAUUUGCAAAGAGUUAUCAAGAACAAAUACAGAAUCCCAAUUUAA